CAUCUUCUGACUCUAUGAGCACACAAAUAUUGAAAAAAAAAAAGUUUCAUUCUUCAAUUGGUAUCGCAUUGUACUUUUUCUUAUUUAUAAAAAUCAUAAUAAUAUUGAAUUACUAACCUUUUAGGUAGAGAAAAGUAUUUGUUGGAUUCAAUUGGAUGGCGAAUUAUUAUGUGAGGGCUGCUCCUACGACAGAUCUGAAUCGGAAUACUGAAUGGUUCACGUAUCCUGGAGUUUGGACUAUUUACAUAUUCAUUCUCUUUUUCUCAUGGCUCGUUGUGUUAUCUGUGUUUGGUUGCUCAUCUGGCAUGGCUUGGACCAUCGUUAAUCUCUCUCAUUUCCUUGUCACGUAUCACUGUUUUCACUGGAAGAAGGGAACACCAUUUGCUGAAGACCAGGGUAUCUACAACAGAUUGACAUGGUGGGAGCAAAUGGAUAAUGGGAAUCAGCUUACUCCCAAUAGGAAGUUUCUGACAUGUGUUCCUGUGGUGCUGUACUUGAUAGCUUCCCAUACAAGUGACUAUGAGCACCCAAUGCUGUUCUUCAACACAUUCGCGGUUUUUAUACUGGUGGUUGCCAAAUUUCCCAACAUGCACAAGGUUCGAAUUUUUGGGAUCAAUGCAGAUCAAUGAGCUACAUUCAGUUCAAACAUUUAGUUCAACUUUACUCUCAGCUAUAGUAUUUGAUUGUUUUAACAAUUUUGAGUAAACUGGGAACUCUUGUACAAAUGCAAGAACUGCAAAGGGUAAAUUUAUAUAUAGUAAAAAAUCAAGAGCAAAUAUUGGGUAUGCUUAGCUGCACUCUUUUCUGUUAACCCGUUGAGAGCAAUAUGCUGCCACUUUGCCUCCA